UCGCAGGGGCCGCCGCCGGGUGGUGAGUGUCGGAGUGGUACGCUGUGUGCCGGCUUUGUUUUGAACCAGUCGCGAAGAUGGCGGGCUUGCGUGGUGUGUGCAUGCUGUUGGAGAAGCACCGUGACGUGAUAUGUGAGGACCUCAAUGUGGACGAGGUGGUACCUGAGCUUGUGAAUAAGGGCAUUCUUGGUGUGGAGGAGGAAAAGGCUCUUGUAAACGAGGAUUUGGGGAGGGCUAAGGCGGAGCUACUAGUGAGCCAGCUUAGCAAGAAAGGCUUUGCGGCGUUUCAGGAGUUCUGCCACGUGCUGGAGAAGAGCCACCCUCACCUUCUGACGUGCUUUCUCAUGGAUGUAGCUGCGAUGAGUUCCAACACCCCGGCCACCGUCUCGUCUGGUGGCGAUUCGGAGAGCCUCAAGUCGCUGGACGUGGCUCUCCGUGAGCGGGACCGGAUGGUGCAGGAGAGGAACGAGCUGCGCGGCACGCUCACCAAGCGGAAAGUCAACAAAAGGGAGCUGAACAUGAACGACAGCCCGCUGCCGCCGGAGCCACCGGACGGGGACGGUGGGGGCGGUCCGCCCAGCUACCUGGAGCUGCUCUCCAGCUCGCGCCAGUCGCCCCAGCAGCAGGGCGCCGCCGGUGGCAGCAGCACGGCUGGCAGCGGCGGCGGCAGCGAGAUCUCUGAGGAGCGGCUCACCGAGGUGCUCGAGGAGCCCGUCACCGAGGAACUGGGCGGCGAGCGAGUCGUCUGGGAGUACCACCACGUCUCGCUGAACCGCGUGCCCGGCUAUGGGUUCGGCAUCGCCGUCAGCGGCGGACGCGACAACCCGCACUUCACCACCGGCGACCCCAGCAUCGCCAUCUCCGACGUGCUUAAAGGCGGACCGGCCGAGGGAAAACUGCACGUCAACGACCGCGUGCUGAGCGCCAACGGCGUCUCGCUGGAGCACGUCAACUACACCACAGCCGUGCAGGUGCUGAAGGACUCUGGCGCCGUGGUGCGACUCUACGUGAAGCGGCGUGUUGUGCUGCCCGCCCAGCCGGAGCCGCAGACGCUCAAAGUCAGCCUGGCCAAGGCCAAGAAAAAGGAUGAUUUCGGUAUCGUGCUCGGCUGCAAGAUCUACGUGAAGGAGAUCACCGGCCGCUCGGGGUCGGGGGCGGGGGCGGAGCUGCAGGAGGGGGACGUGAUCCUGCGGAUCAACCAGCAGACGGCCUCGGACGGGAUGUCGCUGAAGGAGGCCAGGAAGCUACUGGAGGCCGCCAGGGACCGGGUGCAGCUGGUAGUACAGCGGGAGCCGGGCUCGCCGCCGCCGAGGCCCGACGGGUACGACGCCAAAGAGAGUCCCUCGCACCACUCGCGUGACUCGUCGGACGGUCGCACCUCGUACGUGGGCCACCAGAACCUGUACGUGCAGCCGCCGACGCGCGGUGCCGACCCGCGCUCUCAGUCCAUGCCCCCGCCGCCCAGACUGCACCCCGACGAUAAGAACAACCUAAUCAGACAGAACGGCCGGUCGCGCGGCCCGCUGAUCGAGGCUUCAGCCGGCCAGCUGGAGCCCUCACUGAUGGGGCUGGGAGACGAGCCGCCACCGCCGCGGCCACCGCUGCCUAGGGACACCGUGGACCGGCCUAUGAUGAACGGUUCCAAUGGCAUGCACUCGCAGGCCAGCUCAGAUUACUAUGAGACCCGUCGGCAGUCGGGCUACAAUCAGCAAUCACCAAAGUCGAAACCCGGCGUGCCGGACCCGCGGUUCGUCAGUUUCCAGAAGGAGGGCUCGGUGGGAAUCCGGCUGACGGGUGGUAACGAGACGGGUAUUUUCGUGACGGCGGUACAGGCCGGCUCACCAGCGGCCAUCCAGGGACUACAGCCCGGAGACAAGAUCAUCAAGGUGAACGGUAUGGAGAUGAAGGGCGUCACCCGCGAGGAGGCCGUGCUGUUCCUGCUCAGUCUCCAGGACCAGAUCGACCUGAUCGUACAGUACCGCGCGGACGAGUACGAUCACAUCAUGGCCACGCAGAGAGGAGACUCGUUCUACAUUAGAACACAUUUCAACUACGAGCAGAGCAGCAAGAACGAGCUGAGUUUCCGGAAGGGCGACAUCUUCCACGUGGUGGACACGCUCAAUCUGGGGGUGGUCGGCGCCUGGCAGGUGUUCCGAAUCGGCCGUAAUAACGAGGAGACUCAGAAGGGCGUGAUUCCGAACCGGGCGCGGGCUGAGGAGCUGGCCAGCGCUCAGCUGAGCGCCGCGCGCCGAGAGCAGGGAAGCGCCGACACCACCAGUCGCAGUCGGUUCUUCACGCGCCGGCGGCGCCAGCGGCGCUCCAAGUCGCUCGGAAAGGACCACUGGGAGGACGUGGCGUUCUCGGAGGCCGUCUCACAGUUCCCGGCGUAUGAGAGGGUGGUUCUGCGCGGCUGUGGCUUCGUGCGGCCGGUGGUGCUGUUUGGUGCAGUGGCCGACAUCGCGCGAGACCUUCUGCUUAGGGAGAUGCCCGACAAGUUCGCUGCUCCACAGCUCGGCGACCAGCCGGUGGUACAGUACCAGGAUAACUACAUCAAGCUGGACAUGGGCUGCGACUCCAAGUCGUCAAAGAGUUCCGGUAUAAUUCGUCUGAGCGCGAUACGCGAGCUGGUGGAACGGGGUCGGCACGCACUACUGGACGUAACGCCCACGGCGGUGGACCGGCUGAACUUGGCGCAGCUCUACCCGGUGUGCAUCUUCCUGAGGGCCGAGAGCAAACAUAUCAUCAAGGAAGUGCGGGCAGCGCGACAAUCGGACAGGUCACAGAGCAAGUCCAACAAGAAGCUGUACGAGCAGUGUGUGAAACUGGAGAAGCUCUGGCCGCACGUGUUCACCGCCACCAUCACCUUGACUGACGCCGACGGGUGGUACCGCAAGGUCAAGGAGCUCAUCGACAAGCAGCAGGCGGCUCCCGUCUGGAUGGCGGAGGGCAAGGCCGGCGAGACGCUCUCGGACGACUUCCUGUUCCCGAUGACGUCUCGUCUAUCGUACGCCUCGUCUCCGGAGUCGGACGGCGAGGGCGGCGCCGAGACGUCGCCGGCCGUCUCCCCCAGUUCGGCCGACUCACGGCUGGCUCGCAGCUCCUCGGACCCAAGCCUGUCGGCGGAGGACGGGGCGGCGCCGCCGGCCGGGGCAGCAGCGCCGGCCGCCCAGCCGCCGCCGCCGCCCUACAGCCCCUACAAACAGGACGAGGGCGGCCGGACGGGCGGCGGGCGCGGCUCUCACGGUGCCGACUCGCGGUACGGGUUCUCCCGGUACGGGGCCGCAGAGGAGCAGCACCAGUCCCUGCCGCCCGUGUCUGUAGCGGACGCGCGCUCCCGACUGGCCACCAGCCCGCCCGGCUCGCCCGUCUCGCCCUACCAGACUCUACCGCACGACUUCAGAACGAACGGCGAGCGCGGCACGACCUCGCCGCCGCCGCCGACCGUGGAGCGUGUCGGAAAGCCUCUGUCUCCACCCGUGUCGGGAACGCGCAGCUACGGCCGGGCCGCCGGCGGUCACCUGCGCAGCUACCUGGAGAGGGGGGACGACAGCGGCCCGUACAUGGGCGCCGGCAAAAACUUCACACUCGACAGGGCGCACCGCACGAACACGUACGACAGCACGUCGUCCUACGACUCCUACAACCGGUUCAGUAACAUGCACGACGACCUGAAGGCGCGCGCGAUGCCGACCCGUGACAUGUCUGAGCCGCCGCUGUCGCCCGGCGGCCCGUCGUCACGGAGUCACGACCCGUAUCGGUACACUCGGAGCACGGCCCAGCCGCUGUCUCCUGCCGGCGACCGGGAGCCGCGCGGCCACAGCGUGCGACCCGAGUACCAGACUCUGCCCACCCCGGGCAAGGCGGCCUCGUCGGCCUACAAGCCGGUACCGCCGCCCAAACCGAAGCUGUACCGUCGCGGCGGCGGGCCGGGCGACUCUCCACUGCGGCAAUCGGCUGACCCGCGCGGCUCCAGAGACGAGUUCGCCGCCUACGCCGCCAACGGCGGGGACGACAGUGCCGGCUUCGACUCGGGCCACGGGUCCAGUCUGGACAGGAACUGCGAGCCUGCCGGCGGAGGGCGCGGGUACAUGUCCGGCGGACCGGGGUACUACCUGGGUACCUCUCCGGCCGCCGGCGUCCCCGACCCGGCCGGCCUCGACCUGGCUACGCGCGACCAGCGCGGCAGCGCGUUCGAACUGUACAAGAAGCCUCUGGAGGCGCGCUACAGUGCGCCGCUGACCGAUCACGGCGCCAGCCGGCGGGCCUCCUACAGCAGUGAGCCGGGCGGUCUGGCCGGGGGCCGGGCCCGCGCCUCCGCCCGGGGAGUGUUUGACCACACCGGAGGAGUGCUGGAGGACCUGGAGACUGGAGUGGCCGUGGUGGUACCGCCGGGGGCGAUCCGGCGCGGACGGACUCAGGAGAUCUACUUCAAUGUCUGCAAGGACGACUCGCUGCUGCCGCCGCUCGACCCCAGAAAAGGUGAGACGCUGCUCAGUCCUCUGGUGAUGUGCGGCCCGCAAGGCCUCCAAUUCGACGUACCCGUCGAGCUGCGUCUGCCGCACUGCACUGCCGUCGACCCACAGAGCUGGAGUUUCGCCCUGAAGUCACUGGAGAGCCCUCACCGGCGGCCCGACAGCUGGCAGAACGUGCGACUGACCGCCGAUGGGCGCAUCAGCCACGUGCGCGCUGAUUGUGUCUCGGUGCUGGUCGACCACUUCUGAGGGGACGGUGAUUUAGGGUCGGACGCUCAUUGAGUGAGAGUGAACGCUUACGCUAGAAGCCGCUGGGUAAGGCUGGAUCUGAAGUGAGAGGUGCGGCCGGGGCCGCCUACGUUGGCCAAAAGUGUGCUUGGUGGAGAGCCAGAGCGGCAACGAUUGGUGAGCAGCUGUGAUUUGUUGGGAGCCAGAGGAAGAUAUCAGACUAUAAAGUAGUGAUUCCGGACCACGAGCUUGGAACUGGCGAGCUAAGAAGUGAGAACUGUCUGGCCAGUACUGUCAUAUGGGCGGUAGCUGGACGGAUAGAAUGUCUGAGCUUCUGAGAUUCGCUUGUUCGCCGUGCUACGGUGCUGUCCCUAACUAUCUUCCUGUUCUAUCAGCUCUCUGUGCUGUUUGUCAACUCCUGCUGUUUCCCUGUAACCCUUCUAGCGGUACAGUUCCUCUGUCUGUCUCAAUGCUCUCCUAUUAGAUCAGCAAUGGCGCGGGAAUGCGGCUGGAAAGCUGGUACGCUCUAAGUGGCCAAAUGUUGGGUGGAACCCGAGAGGUUUUCGGAAUCGCCACGGAAUUCGCUACUGCUAAUGAUAAACAGCAUGCCUCGGAUCACAAGGACUGGAAUGAGAAGUAGUGCUUUCACGGCAGGACGGGACAGGCUAGGAAAGGCGCGGGUGACGUUUCGACAGGGUAUGUUUGAGCCAGCGGAGUCACGCCUCCUACCGUGUUCCUCGGUGGCCGGAAUGCUCAGAUCGCUGUGUCAGGCCGCGGUUGGCUAAGCUACGGUCGGUAGGCCGCCGGGCACGGGUCACAGGUGCUGUGUGCGGGGUCCUGCUCCGCUGCCGGCGCUCGGUGCUUGCUCGGAGUUCGUGGCGUGGCUGGCGCUGGUAUGAUGUCAGGGUCGACGUAAUAUCGAUAUGAUAUCUGAGAAAGGUCGGUCGGUGCUCAGGACAACGACGUGUUGGCUGUUCGACCACCGGAAUGAACCUUUCGAAUGGGUAUCCACUAUCCAAGGACCCUUCAGCAGCGCAGUGGUGACAUUUUCUCUCAUGUGGUGUACUGUACUCGAGUCUUCGUUUGUAGCUCAGUGGGGUUUUCACGUCGAACCAGUUAGCACUGCUCUGUAAUCACCACACUGCACCCUCCAAACACCGGGACAUAGACGGCAAAUGGAUCUAGCACACCCUGACACCAAGGCACUGCACCUCGGCACCACACCGCGGCACGCACGGGCGUCGGGUGGCGUCCCGAGCAGCUCCCGUCGCCGAAAAUCCCGCCUCUGUGGCGGGCCAUAACGAGUCUUCCGUACUGUGUAACUCUGCAAUAUCUGGAGCAUAUCUGACGCCGGUCGGCUCACGCUGUUUUGCUCAGUGGCCGCUGCAGGCCGGUGGCGCUGCGGUCGCCGGCCAGUUGUUGGUAGUCUGUUGAUCUGUUGAUGUGGUGAGGUUUGUAACUGUACAUAGACGCGUGGACGCACACGCGGAGGGCGAGCCGGUGAACUGGGUGAACCGGCGCCCCUCAGCAGCGGCAUGUCAAUGUGAUAAUCGUGCUGCCAUGUGUUAAUACUCGCGCCCGUGCAGGCCAAUCUUGUUUCGUGAUUAUUCAGUAUCGAAUACAUUAUGUAGUAA